CCAACUGCUGCUUUAUAUCGUAUUUUGAAGUAUUAUCUCAUAAAUGUUACUAUAAAAUAAUACAGAUUGUGUAUGUGCCAGUUGCUGCCACAAACCCAAAAUGCGUGAAAGGAUUUGUACCGUUUCCAAAGUGCUUAUAGUUUUGUGCACUUUUAACUGUUGUUUAAGUGAUGAAUAUACGCCGAUUGUGUUAUGGCAUGGGAUGGGAGAUGCCUGCUGUUUUCCUUACAGCUUGGGCAAAGUACAAGUAAGAUUAAAUGAGUCCUUGCCGGGUGUCCACGUUGUUUCACUUCGGAUCGGAAGUUCAGUUAUAGAUGACCUUGAAAACAGCUACUUCAUGCAUCCCAACAAACAAAUUGAAGAAGCAUGUUCAAUAAUCCAAUCCGAUCCGAAACUCGCGAAAGGCUAUAACGCUAUCGGGUUUUCGCAAGGCAGUCAAUUCUUACGAGGUUUAAUCCAACGGUGUCCCUAUCCCAAAGCUAAAACCUACAUAUCUCUUGGUGGCCAGCACCAAGGAGUCUAUGGCCUACCAAGAUGUAUAUCGCUUUCCAUUAAAACUUGUGAUUACAUCAGGAGGCUUCUGAAUUACGCUGCUUAUAACAGCUGGCUACAGGAUUUCCUGGUGCAAGCAACAUACUGGCAUGAUCCUUUGAAUGAAGAAGAGUACCGAGAAAAAAAUUCAUUCCUUUCAGAUAUUAAUAACGAGAAAAGUCUAAAUCAGACAUACAUUGAAAGAUUAAGGAAUUUGGAAAAUUUUGUGAUGGUUAAAUUUUUAAAAGACACUAUGGUACAACCAAUCGAAUCGGAAUGGUUCGGAUUUUAUAAGCCUGGACAAUCAAAGGAUAUACAAAGUCUUUUUAACUCCACGUUAUACACAGAAGACCGGCUUGGACUUAAAUAUCUGUAUGAGAAUCAACGAAUGCAUUUUAUUUCCAUUAAUUCGGACCAUCUGCGAUUUAACUGGACCUGGUUUGAAAGUAACAUAAUUAAUCCAUUUCUUAAAUAAAUACCACGCUUUUUAAAUGUUAGCUUUAUAUAAAAUUACGGUCAUUUAAUUUUUAUCAAAUUGUAACAAUACCAAAGGUGAUAAUUUUUAUUAAAUACUAACAA